AUGUACAAACAUGUAUAUUUACUAUCAUCAUCCCACUUAAUUAACUCCAACAGAAGCAACAAGCUGUGUGUGGAUGAGACAGACCUGGCUGGCUGUGAGACUCUGAAGCAGGUGGAGGACGUAGCGACGUUUGUGGCUGUGUGCUCCAAGCCUCUAGCCAAUGCUGCUCUUGCCCAGGUUGCUGCGGGAAAACACCACUCCGUCUUUGUUACUGAAUCGGGGGAGGUGUUCACUUCAGGAUCCAACGCAGGAGGGCAGCUGGGACAUGAGGGUGCCCACAACCCACGUGUACCUCGACGUGUGAUGGAGCCACUGUCUCGCUCACAGGUUGUUAAGGUUGCCUGCGCUAGGGACCUUUCACUUGCUGUCACAGAAGAUGGCAGAGUGUACUCCUGGGGAGGUGGAGAAGGAGUAAGUGAGCCCUCCCCCCCUAAGGAAGAAGUCAUAGCCUUUGAAGAGCCUAGGACAAGAACACAAGAUAACUUUAAGAACUUUGUGCGCCCUAUGCUGGUAUCCCUGAAGCAGGGCACAAGAGGGAAGGUGUUGUCAAUAGCAGCAUCCAGGGAGCUUGUCCUUCUCUGUCACAAGUCAUAAAUGCAGCUCCUCUCAGCUUCUCAACCACCUUUGCCAUAUGUCAUAGAAUAGUCAUUCCUGUAACCUAUUGGUGCUAAG